AUGGUUGUGACGGAGGCGAUGGAUCUUGACCUGAUCCUGAACCGCGUCCUGAAUGAGUUCACCAGUGCCAUGCUGACUCUUAUUGCCGGCCGCAUCCGCUCAGGUAUUGUCACUGAGCAAGCCAGAACUUUGAAGCAACGGCAUGAGGAUGAACUUAAAGCUGCCGAGGCAAAGUAUGUUGAACAGCUGGCAGUGGUGGUUGAGGAAAAGGCCAAACUGGCUAAGGAGUUGGAGGAGAAGCAGAGGUCUCUGGACAAAGUUCAUGAGGAGAGGGAAAAAUUUAAGGAGUCCAACCGCUUCAAUUACCACGCGGCCCAACAACUCGAGUUGGACUUGGUUGCGAGCAGGCAGGAGAAUACUGCCCUGGAGGGCAGGAUUGAGGAGGUGGAGAAAGCCAACACCGGAAACUUGGAAAGGUACAAGAGUGCCACUCUUCGACACUUCUAUGAUUUUUGGAAGCAUAAUCAGGGUGCCAACUUCAACUACCUUCCCGAGAAUGCGAGAGACGCCGAGCUUGUUCGCUGCGCUGCUCAGCUAGCCGAGGAGGAAAGGUCAAGGGUUCCUGCUUCCCCUGAAAUCUCGUUGGCCGCCGGGAUGGAUGGGGCAGACAACGAGGUUGCAGGUGUCGUCGAUCAGAACCUUCCCCAUGAUCCUCCAGCUCUUCAAGAUCCUUGA